GUUCGUGUGCACGGGCCAAACAGUCGACACAGUUUGUGACGUUCUCUCUUCGAAUCGAAUCGAGAUCUAAGCCGGAGCAUUUUUGAAAGCCAGCGUCGUCGCAUUUUGCAGCCGUCGUCGUUGUUGUCGUGGUCGGAAAUAUACGUUGUUGCUGUUGUUGCCGUCGUCGCAGUUGUCGUGGUCGGUGUGUGUGCCUGGAAUCGUUCAAGCGGGAGUUAGCUGAUACUGAGGCUUCUCUUGCUACUCGACAGUCUCCAGCAUUCGCUUUAUCUUCGACAAGACUUCAACGCUUUUUGUAUCGUUUAAAUAUUAAACAAGCUCGCUCGCAACGCGUGCCACAAACUUUACAGCUUGAGAUCUUUAAAAACAGCCGCAAAAUUUCCAAAACAACGAAAAUGGUGUUUGACUGUGGCGUCUGGUGUGCAAAGUAUUUGCUUUGCAUAUUAAAUUUUAUAUUUUUUGUGCUAGGCACAAUUAUAUUUGGAGUUGGACUAUGGCUCGCCGUGGACAAGCACUCGCUGAUUGCUCUGCUCAAGCUGGUUGAGAGCGAGCGCAUUGAGCACUUUACACAGCCUCAGGUCAUAGAGCAACUGGCCUACGCCCUUCUCGUCAUUGGAGCCGUCAUGUUCUUUAUGAGUCUCUUGGGCUACUUGGGCGCCAUGCGUGAAUCUCGCUGUCUGCUUUCAACGUAUGGCACAUUUUUGAUACUGCUGCUGGUGGCUGAGAUUGUGGCCGGUGGUCUGGCCGCCUUUUAUAAAGAACAGGUGCGCAACGAGAGUAAAAAAUUCUUGCAGACGACAAUCACAAGUUAUACGCUGGGCGAGAAUCAGGAUGCCACUUCAUUGAUGUGGAACCAGCUGAUGGGCAACUUUGGCUGCUGUGGCAUCAAUGAUUACCGUGACUUUGAUGAGUCGCAGGCGUGGAAGGAUACAAAGGGCAAUCGCACCAUACCCGAUGCCUGUUGCAUAUUAAAGGAUGUUUCCAAGUUUGUACCACGUGAUGAGGACUGCACGACCAAUCCCAGCGAAAGCAACAGUUUCUACAAGAAGGGCUGCUUUGAGGUCUUCACUCAGUGGUUGAUUCGACAGCGUGAACUCAUCAUUGGCGUCAUUGUGACUGGCAUUGUUCAUCUCAUCCUUGUUAUACUCGCAUUUGCACUGUGCAAAGCCUUUGCCAAAUAUGACGAUAUGCGUCUGUAAAUUGCUGGCACAAGUUUUAUAGGUAGUAACCGAGUGGACACGUAAUUUAUAACAGGCAAAACAGCGAAACAAUGAUACAGUGAAGCCCCAAAAUAAAAAAGAAGAACUUAACUACCGAUCCCAACCGAACAUUGAGAUAUGCUCAAAAGGAAACUGCAUUUCUCCCACAACACUUAACACAAUAUUAGAACAGUUCUAACAUACUCUACUCUUAUAAACAGAAUAAUGGAAAUAACGCAGAAAAUAUUUAAUCACAUGGAUACAAGAAAAUGUUGCUCAAAAUUGCCGCCAGAAAAGACAACAAAGAAAAGUUUGAGUACGAAAAGUUGUAAAUGAAAAGUUGCUACGAAUAUUUAUUUGUGAAAUGAAGAAAACCAACCUGUUUUGAUAGCAGUUUUAGUUCUUAAGUAGUAUUCUACUAUAUACAUGCAUACUUAUAUAGUAUAUACACAUACAUACAUAACAAUAUACGAUUAAUUCACUUUUUUUAGUCCUACUCAUUUCAUUUAAAAGUAUUUGCUAAGAAUUUUUGCAAAUGGAUAAACCACUCAAAAACAUCACAAGAACAGAUAAAAAAAUUCAAUUGAAAAUUUAUAGAUAAGCUAUAAAGUUAUAACGAGGCAUAAACACACGUCAAGACAUUCGCAUAAACGGUAUCUUAAGAAAGAUAAAAGAGUUUGAAAUAUUGAAAGUGUGAACUAUGUGUACUAGAUCGUAAGUCUUCUAUGAUUAAGUUCUAAUUUUAGUUGUUUGCUAUUACUAUAUUCAAGUUUUUAACUACGUAUUGAGAGAGGACGCGUCGUGAAUCCAGAAACGAGAAUCGUGUUUAUCCUUUUUGUUAAAAAUUAAUGUUGUACAUUUUUGAAUUCUAUAUAUGUGUAUGCAGAUUUACAAUUACAUACACCGUAUAUAUCUAUAUAUAAAUAUCUAUUAUUAAUGCAUAUUAUAAACACGUACUCGUAUGUCUGUAGUUUACUUAAUGUACUUUUGAAGCAAACUAAAAAACAA